GGAAGUGUAACGUCCGUAAGUGCCUAACUAGAACAACCCAUUCAAUUACCUAAAGGUUACGACCCGCAUCGAUUGCCACUAUUUAUCGAAUUGACUUUUCUAUCUACGAUCAAAGUUUAAGACAGUGCCAGGAAGUUCAACAUUAAAAGAAGUGAGGUCGGAGCACCUUCAGUGCGAGAAUGAAAUGAAAAUAGCAAAAACGAAGUCGCGAAGUUCCGCUAAAUAUAGCUGGGCGGGCGGUGCGCGGCGCAGUCGCAGCUAGCCGCCAGUGCCCGCGACCGACCUCGCUUUGUUCACAAUAACUGCGCGAUCUCUGUUGUUUAUCCACUUAGUCCAGCAUAUUAAACUUCGGCUCCUCUUGCUCACACAAUCUAUGUAACCGACUCAUUUCACCCGUGCCUAGCUAAAUAGGUGCGUAUUUUUUUCAAAAGUCAGUUUCAGUGAUUACGUCUUACGUACGAUAAAAGGCUGAAAUGAGGUUAAUAUGCUCCAGUUUACAGUAGGCGCAGAACUUGUUACUUCGAUUCAAUUUGCAAGCACAUACCUACAUCCAGAUUGCUGACCCUUCAAAUGCCUAUGUGAAUCAGAUGAAUAAAUAAAUGAGCAGAAAGGACGCGACCUCUUAUAAUUGGGGUGAUGAACAACAACGUAGAGUUAGAGGGCCGCCCUCGUCCAUUGUCUACAGGCCUUUGGACUUUAUUUUCUUGGCUACGUCGUGACGACCGAUCGGUUUCCAGCGAAAGCCUCUCCAGUGCUGGCUCUGACAGGACAGUAGCGAGCUUCGCAUUCCUCACACCAGCACGUUAUCAACCUGCAAAGGGACCACUUAUAGUGCCCCCACCAGGUCCUCCAACAGACUCCUACAAAAAAAGAGUACACGAUAGAAAUUUGCGACGUCACCACGAUCGUGAUAUAACUCUUCACCGCAAAUACGGUUUAUAUAAGAGUGAAGGAACUUGUGGCUACGACGCUUUUAGUUUGCCGCCUGCACGAAGGGUCAGCGGUGAUUCCAAUCGAUGGGAUCGGGACCGAAGAGCUACAAGUGAGUGUUAUCAACGUCGUUUAGCACACGUUCCCGGUAAAAGGCGCGCGCCUUUGCCUCCUGUCAUUGCAUCUCCUACGGGCACGUCGUCUUUAUCACGUCGUUAUACUAGAAAACGACCUGCCCCUCAACCACCUCCCAGGAUUUUGGAAAAGAAGAAAGACGAUCCAAAAGAAGUCGGGGACAGCUCUCCUUGUCAAAUGAGUUCUCAAGCAAUUCAAGACAAAUCCAAAAUAAAGAACACUGACUCAACAAUGGGUUGUAAAUCUGAAAAGUAUAGCAAGAAAGAUGCAAGUACUAAAGAUCAUAAAGUUAAACCCGAAAAAAGUUUCUUGAAACAAAUGUUUGAUAGUAAAAAAAGAAAUUCAUACAUAGAUACUUCUGCUGUUAAAGUUCUUCCCAGUAUUAGUGAAUUAGAUAAACAAGCUGCUGAAUUAAUCGAAACAUGCAAAUUAAAAACUCCAGAGCAAAACAAUAAUGUCACGUUUAACAAGUUAGGUUCUCAAAGUUCUAAUCAAACUGAUACUUGGUUUUGUUUGCGUUGUUUACGAAAAUAUGACCCGACGGUAGUUACGUGCGCUUAUUGCGUGUCUAAAGGAAUACUUCAUGCUUCUGAAAUUGGGAAAAAUAACAAAGAACAAACGGCUCCAUCUUCCAGUAAUUACACGCAGACAGACAAAAACCUUGCACCUAACAAAAAUAAUGACGCUGAAGACAAACAAAAGCUUAAAGAAAUGUUGAAAGAAAUGAAAGAUUCGCUUCCCAAGCGACCAAAACAUGAGUUUAGUAAUAAAAAGCCGAAACCUGUUGCAACAAAAUCCUUAAACUAUUCUUCGGAAACUCCUACUCUUCGAGUCGGAUCCACAAUACAAGAUGAAGAAAAAAAGUCUGAAGCUUCUUCGUCGAAUAAUGAUUUAAAAACUGUACCAAACAUCAAUCAAAUGACCAAAGAACAUAAUUCUGUACAUACAUCUCCACAAUCAGCGUUAGUAGCGCAAGUGGUAUCGGCAUAUCAGAAAAAUGUGAAUAACCAUCUGAACCUGGGAAUAAAGCUUACAACUGAAAAUGGAAUUGUUGCACAAACAAAAACUGAUAACAUUCUUCAAAAACAAUCACAAGACAUGAAAAUUUUGCAUACCCCUUUAAAAAUAUCGUCGCUUUUGAAUCCAAUGUAUGUACCCAAGAAUAAUGAUUUGAGUAAACCGCAGUCGACAAAUAUGAAAAUAAAAGAUUCUAGUGUUGCAACUUCAUCUGCUCAUAUUGAACCUGGCCCUUCGACCUCACAGGCAACUGUAUCGCUCGUAACAACUGAAAACCAAGCUAAAAAAAGUGAUGAGAAAGGCACGAAAACAGGUCCUACGAUACAAAACGAUAAAUCUCGUAUGGUGCCCACAAGACCAAAAAAACUCAUAGAAGCAAAUGUACCUCGUCCAAUAGAGUCUUCACCAGGAAUAAGAGAAGGACCGUUAACGAAUGUUAUGAAUGCAAAUAAUAAUCAGCAUUCAAGACGAAGAGAUUUAAUUAACCAACUUGAAAAAUCGAUAGCACAAGGGGACGAAAAAGCUGCAGCAGAGGCAGCUGCAAAAUUAGCGCAACUAAGAUUAUCUUGUUCAGUACUGUCAUUUUCAUCUCAAAUAUUAUCUCAGGCAUCCUCAUUAUCAACAAAUAACGAAGAGAUCAAGGGAAUCAAAGAUGAGAAAAGUAAAGACAUGCCUACUUUAACUGAAACUGAUAAAAUACCAAUAAAAAAUGAAUUAACAGAGCCAAAAGUAGUAAAGCCAACAUCAAUACCAAAAGCGUCAGUCAGCAAUGAACGUAACUCAAGUGGCAUAUUACCGAAGGGGGGCACAGAACCUGUCAAAACAGAUAAAUCGAAGCAACCUGCUGUGCAGAAGAUAAAAGAUGACACAGAAUCGAUCAAAAAGGAUGUCAAAGAGGAAACUAACAAAAUCGACAAUUUAAUCACAAUAGCAGUACUGGUCGAAGAUCGGGAAGCAACGAGAGGGCCGGUACAUCUUCGUAUAAACAGACUCGCACAUAUGCGAGACCUGCGACGAGAAGCGGAGACCUCACUCGGUUUAGCAGCCAAUCUGCAAAGGUGGAUCGUUGGUCGUGUGCUGUGUGUUAACGAUGACACGUCCAUAGCAUCGCUCGCGGGCCCCGACUUCAGUGCCCCAUUUUAUUUAUGUGUAGUAGAAUCAGAAACGAAACAAGAGUCAAACGCUCAAAAAAACAAUGAAACGCCCAGAAACGGUGCUAGCGACAAUCAAGCAGAGACCCGCAAUGUGUAUACAGAACUUGUGCAACUAGAGCAACAAGCGCUUGUUCCUAAUGCAGAAAACUUUGAAUGUGGAGUUUGUAUGGUAGAGUACCCUCCGGGUCAAGGUGUAGUGUUGCGCGAAUGCGUACAUAUUUUCUGCAGAGAUUGUUUAUCCGAUGUAGUCCGUUAUUGUGAAGAACCAGAUGUCCCUUGCCCAGCUAUGGGUUGUCGAGGAAUGCUGCAAGAGAGAGAAAUUCGCGCUCUAGUACCGCCACAAGAUUACGAGCGCUGGCUGGCGCGAGGUUUAGCUGCGGCUGAAAGCGGAACUAGAAACGCCUUCCACUGUCGUACUCGUGAUUGUAAAGGAUGGGCCCUUUGCGAUCCAGGCGUCCAGCGAUUUCCUUGCCCCGUGUGCGAAUGCAUUAACUGUGUGCCCUGCCAGGCUAUUCACGAUGGGGAAACAUGUGAACAGCAUCGCGCUAACCUUAAGCAGGCCUCAAGUAAGAACACAGUUACAAACGAUACAGAUGAUGGAACACGUACAUUACUGAAUUCUUUAAUCAGGAAGGGGGAAGCUCUAGAGUGCCCUGAAUGUAGUGCUAUUAUCACGAAGAAAUGGGGAUGUGACUGGGUGAAGUGUUCUGCGUGUAAAACGGAGAUCUGUUGGGUGACCCGCGGGCGGCGCUGGGGGCCGGGUGGCAAAGGAGACACUAGUGCUGGUUGCCGCUGUGGAGUUGAUGGAAAACGUUGCCAUCCAUCUUGCGGAUAUUGUCAUUAGAACUUCUUAGUCGCUGGCUUCGUCAUGAUAUCUAAAUAUAAUGAAUUAAGUGAACAGAUUGUGAUUUGAGUAAUCUUAUUAUUGCUUUCAUUGUGUAUUUUGAUAGUCAUUGUAGACCAGGGUAGAUCCCUUUUGGAAAAAAAUAACUUAUAAAAAGACGAUACCCAUUGGACAGGGAAGAAAAUACGAGAAAACAUUUUACAGGCAAAUUGAGAUCAAGGCAUGGGAAGGGGCAGAUUAAGGAAAAACUAUUUAGGUACUAAGAUUCCUGGCAAAAUGAUAAGUUUAACAGAAAGAGUUAAAUGGAAAAGAUGUAGCAAAAAAAAGAGCUCCACAACUUGUUAACUUUAUUAUUUACUUAUUAAUAGACUUCUUAUAUUUUUUGUGAUAUUCUCUUUCUUUUGUAAUGGGUUUCAUCAUCAUACUAUAAAUUAAUGUUGUGUUUUGCAAUUUUCAAAGGCAAAGGCUGAGCUGGCCUAUAGUAUUAAUGUUAUACCCUUUGCAGAACAUGGGUACUAUCUCAGCUCCUAAUUAUACUGUAUAAUAGAGCAAUGUAUAAUUUAUACAUAUAAAAAAAAAAUAGAUAUGAUAGUGAAUAUCCGUGUAGAAAAACAAAGUAAUAUUUAUUUACCAUGUAGUUACUUUUUUUUAUGAAAAAUUCUAGCUAACCUGCAUUGCGUGAUUUCCUUUUUUCAGAGACUUCAAAACUAGAGGCGAAUCUCAAUUCAAAUAUUUUUAUUUCUUUGUUACAAACUAUUUUUUGAGAAAGCCUUGACCAAUUUGAAACAUACUUUUUUUAUAUGCAAGAAAGUAUCAAGUCAGGAUAUAAUGGUGGAAAUCCAGGGAAAAUUGUAGGCAUGCAUUUGGUAAAAACUUGACAUAAAUGUGUUUUUCAUCAUUUAUCAUGUUUUUAUGUACCUAUGUUUGAUGUCUGACCCCAUUUUCAUAAACAGGAUGAUUCUCAUUACCUUGUCCCUUCUAAAUAAAAUGAUAGCAUUUAUUAUUAUAAAAGAUUUCAUAAUAAAAAUACUGAAAUAAAGUA